AUGCCCCCGUGGCAAGGUGAAGCACUGCGCAAAGUGCAAGUCCUGACAUGGAAAACUGAAAUUGCUGCAAGUGCACGGCAAGCUGAAGCAACACUGCGUUCUUUGCCGUGCGUGCUCGCAAGCUCAAGUACAACUGUGUUGAAUGCAGUGCUUGCCCUCAUGGGUCUGCAUUCGGUGCAGCUCUUAUCCACAUGGCGUUUUGAAAACGCAAGGCGAAGCGAAAUUGUCCCUGCGCUGAAGCCAGAGCUCUGGUAUCGGGAAGAGCUGCGGUGGCGGAAGAUGCCCCAGGCCUUGCCACUCAGCGGCUUGUUGUGGCUUGUGGCAAGUGCAGAUUCUUUUGUCAGAAGGCAGAUCGACCAGCUCAGUCCCUUGCAAAAAACGGGAGUCACAGGCCGAGCGUCCAGGCGUCUCCAAAAAACAGAAGCGAUGAGGCAAAAAGUCUGGGGCACCUAG